AUGUCAGCUCGACAGGUGGUUGUGUGGACAACUGCAGGCGAGGCCUUGGCGACGCUACCUGUGGCGGACGUGAAAAGUGUGCGGGCGCUGAAAAAGCGCCUACAUCGGCUUUGUGGGCAUUCGCGGUUCAGACAGCGGCUCAUACACAAUGGCUGUGUGCUAGAAGACAGCGAUCGCCUAAAUGGGCUAGCAGCACCCAUCGACUUGCAGAUUGUUCUUCUGCCCUAUUUCAACGCCUGUUCAGACCAGCUUCAGUCAUGGCGACCGAGGGUUUUGGCCCUUACGGAAGCGUGUGCUGCUGGCAACCUUGCUGUUGCUGAGGAGAUUCUGCAGCUGCCAGUGGAUCCGAACAUCUUCGGUGAUGUAUUUCCCCCGCUUAUCGCGGCCUGCGCCGCUGGCCACGUUGAGGUUGUGCGCUUGCUCCUCGAAGCCGGCGCGGACAGGAACAUCAAGUGUUUCGGUUGGACACCAGAGAUGUCGGCUCUGGCUGGCUGGAACAUCCAGGUGCUCUUGCUCCUUCGAGGUGCGUAUCGAUGGGGACUGCUUGCAAGUGGUUCGUUUGACAUUUUUGUGGCAUUUGGCCUGUGGAGCAGCUGCUGUUUGGACAUGUGUGUAUUGCCGCAGGAACGUAACCUGACAGCUGCUGGGCAUGCAUCUUUGCUUCCUAAAGUAAUUGAGGGUUCUUUCUGGCACUUGCAGGCGUUCUUUCUCGCCAUUGGCCUCGAUGCAUUGGGGACUUCAUUUAACUGGGCGAGGCCCCCCAUUUUAACAAUCGCUUUCCGCAGAGCGGUGGACGAUCAGAUGAGCAGGGGAACUAUCGGCUUUCAGGUGUGGUUGGGGGAGCAGCCAGUGUGGAGCAGAAUGAUUGGCACAAUGGUUUGGACACUCGCUCGAGUUUUUGGUGCCUCAUAUUUUAGGUUUCCCAGCUGUGUCGCAUACGUUCCUCUUCUGUUCUGCAAUCCAUAUGUGCCUUGGGUGGUUGGCAUUUGGUUGAAACAAGCUUCUAGCACUUGA